AUGGAGAUAUCUGAGAUUCCCGUUCAAAAAAUUUUUAAGAGUAUCAUUCUUGAUUCUCUCAUGAAGGAUGAGUUCAUACGCAAGAGACAAAGUACAGAAAACUUUUUUAGUAGAAAUGAGUACUUGUUAACAGGUGCGGCGAUAGUUGCCGGUGCUGCUUUGGGUCCUUUAGCGGUUACUGGGUUAGUAGCAGCAUUAGGAUUUGGUGAAGCCGGUAUUGUUGCUGAUAAGUUAAAAUUUUCAACCACUUCUGCUAAACGUUCGAACAUUUUCUUUACAUUGGGACUACUAAGUGUAUUUUCGCGAUACUCUUAA